CCCCAACGCCUUAACAUGGACAACGCCAGCAGCGUGAAGGAAUUCAUCCUCCUGGGCCUCUCGGAGAACCAGGGGCUGCAGAAAAUAUAUUCCGUGCUCUUUCUGGCUUUCUAUCUGAUCACUGUGGCAGGAAAUCUGCUCAUAGUGGUCACUGUCAUCAGCAGCCAGGGCCUCAACUCGCCCAUGUACUUCUUCCUCUGCUACCUGUCCUUUGUAGACAUCUGCUACUCCUCCACCACGGCUCCCAAAAUGAUUGCUGGCCUGUUGGGGGGCAGUAAAAGCAUCUCCUUUGUGGGCUGCAUGGCCCAGCUCUUUGGGUUUCACUUCUUUGGCUGCGCUGAGAUCUUCCUCCUCACGGCCAUGGCCUACGACCGCUACGUUGCCAUCUGCAGGCCCCUCCACUACGCCGCCCUCAUGAGCGGCCGCACCUGCGGCCUCAUGGUGCUGGGCUCGUGGCUUGGGGCCUUCUUCCACUCCACCCUGCAGCUCCUUCUCACCAUUUGCCUCCCAUUCUGCGGCCCAAACAAAAUCAAUCACUACUUCUGUGAUGUCCACCCACUGCUCUGCCUGGCCUGUGCCGACACCCGUGCCGUGGGUGCCUCCGUGGUCGCCAACAGUGGCUUGAUAACUCUGAGUGCUUUUGCCAUCCUGGUCUCGUCCUAUGUUGUCAUCCUGGUUUCCUUGAAAGGUCAGACAGCUGCAGAGUGGCACAAGGCCCUCUCCACCUGCGGCUCCCACAUCACCGUGGUGAUCCUGUUCUUCGGGCCGUGCACGUUCAUCUACAUCCGCCCCUCCAGCAACCUGGUGGAGGACAAGGGCGUGGCCGUGUUCUACUCCAUCAUCACACCCAUGCUGAACCCCCUCAUCUACACCCUCAGGAACCAGGAAGUGAAAAACAGCAUGAAAAAGUUGUGGAGCAGGACAGUGAGGAGGAGUGAGAAAUGAAAGGACACGGCAAUGUUUGUAAGAUGACAGGAGCUUAAGACAUCAUGGAGAGGGAAAGAAAAACUGGUAUUUGGUGGAAGUUUGGUGAUUUGCUGCUGCCAAUUACUGGAGGGGAAUCUUUCCUUCUUCCUCUACCUGUGCAAUUUCCAGUGAAAUCAUUACUAUUCCGAUUCAAUAUCAGUAUCAUGAUAAAAUGUUCAUCAGGGUAAGAGCUGGAAGCUUUCCUACAACAGCGAGUCAGUCUGAAUGCUCCCAUUUUGAUAGAUUUCCUAUCUUCUGGUGAAUGUGCUGUCUCCUUCAGAUUUGUUCUCCCUCCUGCCCCUGGGUGCUCAAAUACUCCCCUAGGAGGUCCACUGCCAACAACUGGAAGACAUGCAAAUUAAUGCCCACCUCCAAAAACCACUCCUGUACAAUAAACAGGAAAUUAUGGCUAUUAUGGGUUGGAUCAACUUUAUUUCAAGGAAUCCUGAGACACUGAUCUGAUGUCACAGGUGAUCCUUAUCAGGGCAGCAGCCUGAGCAUGGUUACAGAGCACAGGCAUGGUUGAUAUGUCUGUUGGAGCCCCUCUGCUCUGAAGGCAGGCUGGGACAGCUGGGGGUGUUCAGCCUGCAGAAGGCUCUGGGGAGACCUUAGAGCCCCUUGCAGUGCCUGAAGAGGCUCCAAGAGAGCUGGACAGGGACUUUGGACAAGGGCCUGGAGUGACAGGACAAGGAGGACAAGCUAUUUCCACUACAGCAAUGUAGAAAUGACCCCAGAAUCUCACAACUCUGGGCAAUGCCCUUCUACUGCAAAUUGACUGGCUGUGGUCAAGGCAUGAAUUUUCUAAAAACUUCUAUUGGCCCUAAAAUUUUGGAAAGGGAAGCAGAGGAAUGAGAUGUCCUUAAAAUAGUUGACAAUUCACUCAUUUGCCUGAAGGUAACUGGUGACACAUGGAGAUGAAAUACAGCAGCAAGUCCUUGGCACUUUAUGAUGGUAGUAAAAUUAGAAGUAAAACAUCAUUACAUGGACAAAAAGGUGUUAGAAUUUCUCUAUAUGUCCAUCAGAAUAGGAAGACAAAGAGGUAACCAGGACUGGCAGAAGAGGAAGGGUUUAUCUUCAUUGUGUAAAACUAAACCCAGGGAUACAGUCAAUAAGACUUUCUUUCUGGAUUGGAGGAGCAGCCCCUGAAGAUGGAGCAGAAAUGGCCUUCAAAUUCAAUAAUCACAUUCAUUCUUUUUAGAGAUUACAUGCUUUCAGAGAGUAGAU